GGCUCUUUAAAAACCCCAUUUACUUCACUCUUAUCUGCCCACAAAGAAAGAGUGAGAGACUAGACUAGGAUCUACUUCACUCUCUCUCUCUGAUGGGGUGCUCUACCAUUUUCUUGUUCUUUCUUCUUCUUUCCCUUGCAUUUCCUCAACAGAUUUUUCACCCAUCACAUAUUUUUGCUAGAGGGGACAUGGAUUUGAUCCAAAAAACAUGCAAAAACACCAAAUACUAUGACCUUUGUGUUUCAUCUCUCAAAUCCAAUGCCACAAGUUCAAAAGCAGACACUAAAGGUCUAGCACUAAUCAUGAUUGGUAUUGGAAUAGCUAAUGCAACAGCUACAUCUUCUUACUUGUCUUCUCAAGUCCCUUGCUCUGUAAACGACACCGUCUUGAAGAAGGUACUAAAAGAGUGUGCAGAUAAGUAUAGCUAUGCAGGUGAUGCUCUUCAAGCUUCUGUUCAAGAUCUAGCCAUGGAGUCUUAUGACUAUGCUUAUAUGCAUAUCAUGGCUGCCGCCGAUUAUCCAAAUGGUUGCCAUAAUGCUUUUAGAAGGUACCCGGCAGUUGCUUAUCCGCCGGAGAUUGUACGUAGAGAGCAAGGUUUGAAGCAUAUUUGUGAUGUAGUUUUGGGGAUCAUUGAUCUUCUUGGUUGGUGAUUGAUUGUAUCUACCUUUUUAAUGCAUAAUACUUAUGGCUAAUUAUUGGUUGGUAAUUAUUAUAUUUCUUUUUUGCUUUUA